AUGGAGAUUAUAAGCGAGAGUGAUACACAGGCAGUGGUGUUAGGCCAUGUUGUGCAGAAUGACGGCACCUACGUCGCAAAAAUCUUCAGUUUAUCCAAAAUGAAAAAGGGCGAAAACAAGAACUGCUGGAUGGUCAGUGAUAUUGAGAACGAAUCGAUGCCCGAAGUUCUCGUGCCAUCGCCUAUUUACUCGCCAACCAACGUGCAAAAAAUAGUACUCAUGUACCUCAGACAAAAUCCACCUGAGGGAGACCUUGAUGGUACCGAAAAUAUCGCGUUAGCGUACCGCUUCUUUAAGCGAGACGCUUCGUCAACUUUCGAGCCUUUCGCCCACAGCGUCCAGGAUCAUCCCAUUCUGAACCAGUUUGAGCGUGUUAAACCCAUGACGAUCAAAUCAGUAAAUAAUAUGACUACAAUAGAGAGCACAAUCAUAACCAGAAGCGGGAAUGAAAUUCGACUAGAGAUGGGAAUGGUCCAAGCCACACAGCGAGGCUGUGAGGACUGCUGGUUUGUUCAAAUAUUAUCAAUUUAUGGAGAUGACAAUGCAGCCACCCACAGCUUCGAUUCUCUUGAUGGAAGCGAUAAAGGAUUGAUUCUCAGAUCGCUCCACAUCAUCCGAAAACACCCGAUACUCCAACUGUUGGCCGCAUGCAUCGUCGUGUCUUGUUUUGUGAUGGCAUUCUUGGUCACUCUGAGGAUCGCUGAAGUAGUUGCCGAUGGUGUUCUGGGCGAGCAACAGCGAGUGAGCACCAUGGAAUCGCCCCACUCACACUACAAGGUAUGCAAGUAGACUACAGAGAUCGACUAGUUGGACUGCAAGCGUACAUCGCAUCUAUAGCCA